AUGGGAAAUAAACUUGCGUGCGGAGAAAUAAAGAACGAGGGUGUGAGGGGAUUAAAAACUGCAUAUAAUUUAGAAUUAGAUAAGUCUAAUAUUUGUGUAGAAGAUAAUAGAAGGUGUGACAAUAGAUAUGAUGAAGAGAAUUAUUUUUAUCGUUAUGAAAACGAAAGGGAUGUAGAAGAAGACAAAAGAGAAUAUAGUGAAGAUGGAAUAAAGGAAGAAGAUAAACUUAUUGUUGAUAAUAAUAAUUAUGAUGAUAUUUAUAAUCACGAUAAUGAUAUAAAUAAUAAAAAUAAGGUAAGGAAAAAAAUAGGGGAUGAUUAUAUGUAUAAAAAUUAUAUAAUAAAUGUUAAAAGGAUAUUAAUGUAUAUUAAAGAAUAUGAAGAGGAUUUUUUAUGUUUCUUCAAAAAAAAUAAUGUAACAAGUAUGAUAUAUUUAAAAUAUAUUGUAUUAAACUAUGAGACAUAUAUUAUGAUAAUUGAAAAGGGUGUUAUAUAUAUAGGAGAAGUGAAUGAAAAUAAUGAGAAAAAUGGUAUAGGAAUAAUAAUAACACCUGAUCAAUGUAUAUAUAUUGGUGAGUUUGAAGAAGAUAAGAUAACAGGAUUUGGUUUAUAUAUACAUUCAUCUAGAAGUAAAUAUAUAGGUUAUUGGAAGAGAGGAAAAGCAAAUAGAUAUGGUAUAUUUAUACAUCCUGAUGGUACAUUUUAUAAAGGUUAUUGGUUGAAUGAUAAACAAAAUAAGAAUGGUAUUGAAUAUGUAUAUAAUAAUUAUGUUUAUAUUGGUAAUUAUUUAAAAGGCGAAAAGAAUAAAUUCGGUAUUUUUGUAUGGAAUAAUGAAUGUAUGUAUAUUGGACAAAUAAAAGAUAAUUAUUUUUUUAAUAGAGGUAUAUAUUUUUUUAAUAAAUAUAAAAUAUAUAUAGGUAAAUGGAAAUCAAAUUGUGUAUAUGGGAAAUGUGAAAUAAUUUGGAAUGAUAAUAGACAAUUUUUUGGUUAUCAUAUAAAUAAUUUAAAAGAAGGAUUAGGUAUAUAUAAAUGGGAUGAUGGACGAAUUUAUUUUGGUAACUGGUUAAAUAAUAAACAACAUGGAUCUGGUAUAUUUAUUUUAAUUAAAAAUUUUAAAGAAUAUCAACAAUAUAUACAAUAUCCUAUUUUUCUUUUAUUUAAAAAUACAGAAAAAAUAAAAAAAAAUUUCCUUCUUAAUCUUUCAAAAGAAAAUAUAUUUUAUAAAGGAAAUAUUGGUAAAUAUUUUCAUAACCUUUUAAAUAAAUAUGAUAAUUAUAAUUUUUACAAAUUCUUAUUUAAUUUGUUAUAUAUUAAUUUUUAUGAAUUAUGUUCUUCAUUCUUUGAUUAUAUAAAGAAAAAAAAUAUAAAUGAUUUUAAGACCAAUCAUAAUUUUUAUAAUACAAUCAAAGAACAUAUAUGUGUAGUAACAGAUCAUUAUUUUAAUAAUCAAAUUUGUAAUCAGAAAAUGGAUCAAUUCCAAUCUUCCUUUUCUUUUCUGGCAGAUAUAAAAAAAAAAAAUGUCGAAAGGAAUACAAAUAUAAAAAAUAUUCUUAAUAAUAAUAUUAAUCAUGUGGAUGUUUAUCAAAAAAGUCUUUCUCCGAAUAAUAUAAAAAUGAAGAACAACAAAGAAAAUGCAAUGCUGCUUAAUAGGUUUCAUGAUCAAAAAAAUAAUACAUUUUGUAAUAACAUGAAAGGGUGUGAUAAUGAAAAAAUAAUCGUUGAUAAAAAAAAAUAUGAAAAUAAUAAUAAUAAUUUAAAAAGUUAUGUAAAUUAUGAAGAUCUAGAACAUAACCAAAUGAGUAGCCCUACCCAUGAACAAAUAAAUAGGACAUCUGAUUUAUUAGCAUUCCAAGAUAUACAACGUUUAAUACUUUAUAUAAAUUCAAUAAAUUUAAAUGAUAUGAGUGAAAAGGACAUAAAUAAGAAUAACCCAUUAUUUUCUUAUGCUUCUAAGAAUAUUCUUUUAAAAUAUGGUAAAUGGAAAAAUGGGAGGCUCAAAAAAUGGUUGUAUGCAAGUGAUGAUAGUUUGGGUGUUGUUAAUAUGAAUACAAUAAAUAAUGAUAAGAAUGUUUUAUCAUACAAUGGACAGAAUAAAUCUUUGCCAUCAUUUUGGAGGAAUAAAGAUGGAAGAAUGAAACUUUCUUUUUUUAACAUAAAAGAGGACGAUAAUAGUAAUAAUAAUAAUAUGAAUAGUAACCAUAACGAUAAUUUUAAUAGUAACAGUAAUAGUAAUAAUAGUAGUUCUAUUAGUAGUAAUAUUAGUAGUAAUAUUAGUAGUAAUAUUAGUAGUAAUAAUAAUAGUUACUCUUCCUCAUCCAUGUCGUCAUCUUCCACAAAUAGAAAAUGCAAAAAAAAGAAAGAAAAAAAAAAUAUAAUAAAAAAAAAAAUUAACGAACAAAUAUAUGACCCAUCAAAUAAAGUUGAAAAGGAUAUAAAAGCUAAGGAGGUAAUACCCCAAAAUGGUAAUAAUAAAUAUAUAUAUCAACAGAAUGAAAAAAAAGAUAUAUCAUAUGAUAAUGAUAACUAUUGUUAUCAUAGUGAUGAAGAUGAGAAUAUAUAUUUGCAUGAUGAAGAAAAAGGAAAUAUCCAUGUACCUUAUAAUACAAACAAGAUAAAAAAUGAAAAUAUGGAAAAAUAUAUAAAACCACAAGUAAUAAAUCAUAAAUUUAGUAAUGAUUAUAAUUUCAAACAACAUCACUUAUCAUUUAUCCACAAUAUAAAGGAAUAUAAUGAUAUACAAUUAAAUGAGAAAAAAAAUACAAAAAAAAUAAAAAAAAAUGGGGAACAAAAAAAAAAAUUAAAGAAUAAGUUGAAAAGUUAUAAAUAUUCAUACAAUACAACUAGUACGAGUGAUUGUAUUUCAAACAAAUCAAACCAUUCUAAAUCUUUUUUGAAUUAUGCUAGUGUGAAUAGUGGUAUACAAUCCUUAGAAGAUAAAAGAAAAGAUAAUACAUAUAACAAUACUGGGAAGUAUCUAAACGAUAAAUAUAUUGUAAGAGAUAUUUCUUAUAAGGAUAUACAAAGAAAAAAUAAUGAAGAGACUGAAAUGAGAUAUGUUAAUAAUAUCAUGAAGGAAAAUAAAAAAGAACAAAAUGAUGAUGAAGAUAUAAACAGAGUGGAAAAUAUAAAUAGCAAAGAAAAUAUAAACAGAUUAAAACAACAUAUAAAUACAAAACAAAAUAUAAAACAAAAUAUAAAAAAAAAUAAUAAGAACGAAGAAAUGAAUAUGUAUGCACUCAGUGGUGAUAACAAUAUGACAUAUGUCAAUGUGGAUGAUAUUAAAAAAAAAAAUAAACAAAAUAUGAUAAUAAAAAAAAAAGGAAUUAUAAGACAAAAUAAAAUGAAUAAAAAGGAAACAUUCUCAAAUGAAAGUCUUAUAAAUCAAAUGGAGACAGAUAAAAGAAAUUCAGAAAAUUCAAAAAGUUUAAAAAAUUUAAGAAAUACAAAAAAUACAAAGAAUAAAAAAAAUUCUACUUUACCAUAUAAAUAUAAAAAUUAUGAUUUACCAAAAAAAGGUUUCUCAUUAAUAUGGAGUCUUAAAAAAAGUAGGAGAAAUUCACCUUUAUCUACAAAAGAAAAAAUUAUGUAUCAGAAUGAUGAUCAAAGUUAUGAUAAUCAUUAUGAUAAAAAAUUUGUUCAAAAUGAUCAACUAACAGAUACGCAACAAAAAAAAAAAUCCUUUUUUAGAAACUUUCUAAGUGUUAACAAAAACAAAAAAAAAAACACGAAUUAA